CAGCGGCAGCAUCCGAGCCACGCAGCGACCGCAGGUAGCAGGCAGACACUGAGCGGGCUCAUCUUCCGUCUUCGCUCGACUUCAUUCACUCUGUCCCGCUAGAAAACAUCAUUCAGCACAAAAGCCGGACUUAAAAAAAACAUUUUUUUUUUCACUUUAGAAAAAGUUCUAAAUAUGCUGCGGUCCUCCAACCGGGCAGAGAGAAGCGGGCAGCCUUAGAAUAAACUUCACGCAAGUUUGUUUCGACUCCGGAGCGGAGGAAAGUUUUUCACUUCUCCAUCUCUCAUGCUCACCACUGAAAAACUUUUAGGUAAACGCAGGUCGGAUCUUCACAUCUGAAAAAAACCACAGCCACGUUUCCUUAUUCACGUUCUUCUGAACCUCCCUGAAAUCAGAGCCACUCUCAAUGGAGGCCACAGGAAAGUAUGAGUUUGCUGCGACGUCGGAUGACGAGCUCACCUUCAGAAAGGGUGAUGUACUAAAGAUUUUAACCCUUGAAGACGACUGGUGUAAGGCAGAGAUGCAGGGACGGGAAGGAUAUGUACCACGUAACUACAUCAAUUUGCAGAUUCCAGGGUGGUUUAAGGAGGAUGCCAGUCGCAGUGCUGCAGAAGAGCUCCUGAAGUCCAAAUCUGUGGGGGAAUUUUUGAUCCGAGGGUGCCAAACCUCCCCUGGAGACUUCUCCAUUUCUGUCAAACAUGAGAAUGACGUCCAGCACUUCAGAGUAAUGCGGGACAACAAAAGCCAGUACUUCCUGUGGCAGGAGAAGUUCACCUCCCUCAACAAGCUGGUGGAGUUCUACAAAGCCAACAGCAUCUCUAAAAACAGGGUGAUUUACCUCAACGACGGCACCCUGGACAGAGGGAUCCCCUCGCCAUCUCAGCCGGUGAAGAGGGGAAGUUUGCCUGAGCAACGUACAACACCGGGUUUCAAUACGGCGCCACGCAGAUCUUCAGACCAGACUCCCAGCCAGCUGGCCAGGAGGCCUGAACUGGAGGCGCGAGCACACACCAUCGGCCACACAGGAAGAAGCAGCCCUUCCACCUCUGCUCAGCCUCUGAGACGCACCUCUGAAACCAUGCCACUGCCUCAGAGAUCGUGCUUUCCGCAGGUGAGGGCUCUGUACAACUUCACUGCAGAGGAAGACGACGAGCUCGAGUUUUCCGCCGGUGACAUCAUCGAGGUGGUGGAUAACUCUGAUGGGUCGUGGUGGAAAGGGAGGCUGAGAGGAUCAGAGGGGCUGUUUCCCGCAAACUACACGGAGCAGCUGUAAGGAAACGCCACGGGCGGUGAUUUUAAAACGCCUGCGCUUGUUCGGACUCAAUCUGCGGGCGCUUCAGCUCUCGAUGAGUUUCUGAACGUAAACAAGCAGGCUACUGUCUGCUCUGCAUGUCAGUCUCCCACCAGAGGACUGAGGCAGUGCCGCUUUAUUUAUGAAGGCACAGAGACAGGAACUUCCCACGGCUCCCACAUGCUCAUCGGGCACACAGGAAAUGCUGCACAUGGUGCCCAAAGAUGAUGUUUGUGUCAUGUGUUUGUAAGCAUAUUGUCUGAACGCUCGCUGGCCAGGCUGCUGAUGAAUGGACUGUCUGCUCACUUUCUGACACAUUUUAUAUAAAAAAAAAAGUUACGAUCAACUUUUUAAAUAAAAUUUAU